AUGACUGCAAGACCUGUCAAUCCGCCUGCGCUGCAGGACCAUGAUGCCCUGAGAAAAAAGUUUGAAGAAAAGGCCGACUCCAUCUUGAAUGGGUUAGAAUCGAAAAGCCAGGUCUCUUAUGACUGUGAUGCACUCCGUGAACUUGGCGUUCUUCUCCAACAUAUCAAUGUUACAGAUGACCAACAGUCCUUCGACUUUAAACCUUUAUCUGAGGAAGAAUACAGCACCUACAAGAUCGACAGCAGUCACAGCACCGGGAUUCCUAAACAUAUACGCCCUCACUAUGACGAUUUCGACGCGCUCUUCCAUUGGCGUUCGUCAUGGCCACUAUCAGACACCGCACUUACGUAUGAGAAGGCGUUUCAAAUUGCCAGAUAUAUCAGCAUCCUCAAAGACUACUCUGAGAAAGAUGAUGCCGAUAAUACCUUUUCGAUAGAGCAAAACUCGAACUGGCAUCAGAUCAUGGCUGAGGAUUCCUUUAAUGAUGGACCACAAGGAAUGCUCUGUGGUUUACGUAUUGGGCAUUCGAAACCUCUCGAUCUUCCAAAAUGGAGAGCCUUAAGUUGGCGACAAUGGCAAGAGGACCCUGAGAGCCCAGACACAAUCCGCCCGCAUGUUAUGCUUAUGACAUGCACCGGAGCGGUGGCCGAGUCUGAUAACCUUCUCCAUGGCGAGAUUGGGCCGAUUGUUAAUGCAAUCCAGUGCCGUCUCUUCCAGGACGAGUUUAAGCAGACUUCGACUUUUCCGGUUCUUGUUAUCUCGUUGUUUGGUCCGAGACAGGGGCGCAUUCUCUCUGCCCGAUUCAACAUUGACGGUACUUUGGUUGUUCGAGCGUCAGAUAUCUUCGAUUUCAAGGAGAAGAACCAAGAGGGGUUUGACCUCUUCAUGCGAUACUACUACUCCGAACCCCAAGAUGCAGCCGAAUUUAAACUAUUGCUCCUGCUGAAAACUUGGACUUCUCCAUUGUCCACCGAUAUUCAAGGUUAUAAUGAUACAUACUGCUUUGCAAUGCAACGCGAAUUACACUGUGCCCUAGGUUGUGCCCUAGGCAUGGCUAAUGGGAAUUAG